AUGUGUGCCCUUCAAACAGCUCUAGUGCUGCGCGUUUGCCAUUUGUAUUGUCCGCAAACUACUAAUUAUUGUCCCUGCAAAAUGUCAGCUAGCUGCCGUUCCAACUCAAGCGUGGCUUCUGGCAGUUUUUAUAGCUCCUCGGUGGGGAACACCAUUGGCGUCUCAAGUCAUUUUGUUCAGGUCUUGGACGAAUCAAUGUGUGUAAUUCGCGAGGACAUCUGUGACUGGCUACAACGCUACGUUUUCAGCGAGGCCCAUGUUGCACCCCUUGAUAACCCCUGCGAUCUGCUAGAACGCCUCAAGUCUGGUGUCUGGCUUGCUCGUCUGGCUCACAAACUUCACUUCAAGGUCCUAGCUGCCAAUCUGCCACGCACUCGCGGGGUCAAGGUCACCUCGAGAGAGCACAAACUCUACGCCAGUCUGCGAGGCACAGGGCCUAGUAACGCUCUAGGCCAACUGACAGCUGAGAACCUACCGGUCUUUUCGCAGCCCUUGAAACACGCAGCAGAGUCGCGCCUCUCCCAGUCCGAUGUGGCAACUGGGGAUUUCGCUCCCACCCCUCUCGGAAACCCCUUCUGUGAUUCUGCUCCUGCUGUCAAUGAUUUGGGAGUAAGACUGCGGAACCACUGGGCGGCUAGGGGAAAUAUCUCGGCAUUUCUGGAGUGGUGUCAUGCUCUGGGUAUAUCUGAGACGGUCCUAUUUGAGACCACUGGACUGGUAAACCGAACCGAGGAGAAGAAUGUCCUUCUCACCCUGAUGGAUCUAGCUCGUCUAGCCAGUCGGUUUGGACUGGCAGAAUUGCCUGAAUUGGUGCGCAUGGAGCGCGAGAUCGAAGCUCUGGAAGCUGCUGCAGCGGAGGCAGAGUCAUCCUCAGUGGGAACCAUGGCGGGGGAGCACACCAAAGUGGAUGCCAGCGUCUACGCUUCUCAUGUGCUCGAGAGGAAACUCAGCAUGACUUCAGUUGUCAGUAGCCCUCCUCACUCGCCCGGCUUUGCUUCCGCCUCUCUCUCCUCCCCGUCGUAUGAAAACGACUUCUACGAUUCCAGCAUCUCUUCGACUACCACGGAGCCGGUGAUUCGGUACUGCUCUACAAACACGGUUGGCACAACUGCAGCGGAGGUCUUGGUGGAUGUUUCAACUGGUGUAGACGAGGAAGAAAGAGAGGACAAGUCGUUGGAAGCAGGACAAACAGAUUCUUCCACUCUGGUGGAACGAGUGAGCUCAGAUGGCACUUCUACCACUGUCACCAACACCACAUUAAUAUCAGAUGCAAUUGACGCAUCCUGCCAGGCGAAGGCGAACAAAUCGACGCGAGGCGUGUCUGCAGGCAAGAAGUCCACAAAUAAUAAUGCAACCACAGUAACCGUCCUCGUUGACGUUGGCGAAAGCGGUGAUGCUGCGGACAAAUCUAUUAGGACAGCCACCUUGCCACCACUCAAGGCCUCACAGACGACACCCAAAGUGAAGCCUCGAGGCGUUAAAAAGACAACCCUACCGAGAGUCAACGUCGGCACCAACAGUCGUGCUGAGAUUGUCAAGCGUUCCACAUCAGCUGCAGAUCUGCGAGAACUAGAGAAAUCUCAGGCUAAGCGAAGGAACACGAGGGAGGGUCGUGAUGGCGCGACUCAAAGAGGACGUCCAGUGAAAUCGCAGGGUGUGACCAAAUCCACGGCCACUGCUAAUAAAGCAGCCUCAGCCGGUCAGCAGCCGCGAUCCUGCAGCCAGGUGCGAACCCCACUGGCGGAUCGGAAUCAGGUGGGCCAGACGAGGACGAAUUCUCAACUACCGCAUUCGGCCUCCUCCUCGUCCAAACUCUCCUCCGGUUUUGCCAGUCGUUCCUCCUCGUGCUCGGAUGUUGCGGCCGAGUCCAGGCCGUCAGUGUGGGGUGAUCUGAAAGUGGCCAAAAUCUGGCCUUUAGUACAACUGUCCUCGUCGCCGUUGCCCCAAUUUAGCAACCUCGGUGAGAGCCACGACAUCUGCUCUGCGGCGGGACAUUUGGUUCGGAGGCAAACAGCCCACUGCACUUGCUGUGCCCGAAACCGGCUGAUUCGUCUAGACGAGGGUCGUUACCAGAUGGGAUCGCGGAUCUACUAUCUGCGCCGAUUCCACUCUCACGUGAUGGUGCGUGUAGGAGGCGGAUGGCUAACCCUCAACCAGUUCCUCGAUCGCUACGAUCCCUGCCGGCAGAAGGAGGGUAAACUGCAAAGUAUCACCUCCUCCAGUUUCAACGUCAAUGGGGAGGCAAGACCCAUGAUUCUAGUUCCCGCCUCCAAUAUCUUGGAGGAAUGGCCGUCGAAGGAGGUGCUGAAGACGAAUUCUCGUCCACACCUCAGUGGAGAAGAGAAGUUGGAAUUGAUGCGCUCUUCCCGGCUUCGACAGGGGAAGAUAUUUGUCAUCAAGGCAACCAUUUGA